UUGUAGUUUAAAUUUUUUUCUUGUUAUUUAUUUUAUUUUUUUACACUUUAUCAGAAAAGCUUCCACUGUGUAAUGUAGAAUCCAAGCGAGAUCACCUCUAUCAGGUAAACUUGUGUAGUAAAUUAAAAAAUUCUCGAUCAUAUUUUACUAGUCAAGUUCUUGUGGGCCCCAUUUACAUGGUAUAUGAAGCAAUGAAAAUGUGAUUGUGUUUUGUUUUGUUUAUGAUUUAGUUUUGAAAAUCCUACAUGGGGAAGCCUAUGUUGCUAGUGGGAUCGAGUCUUGGGGCAGCAGUUGCAAUUGACCUUGCAGUCAACCAUCCAGAAGCUGUUGAUAAGCUGAUUUUGCUUGAUGCAAGUGUUUAUGCAGAAGGCACUGGAAGCCUCUCUAGGUUACCCAAAUUUGUAGCUUAUGCUGGUGUCUCUAAGUUAAAGAGCCUCCCAUUUCGUUUUUAUGCAACUAGUUUGACUUUUAAUUUUCUUCCAUUCAACACAUGCUUAGAUUGGACUCGUAUUGGACGCUUACAUUGUCUAUUACCUUGGUGGGAAGACGCUACUGUUGACUUCAUGAACAGUGGGGGCUACAAUGUCACUUCCCAAAUCAAUCAGGUUUUGAAUAAAACACUCAUAAUAUGGGGUGCAGAUCAUCAAAUCAUUGACAGCAAACUUGCAGUGGCUAUUUUUAAAGAGCAGCUCCAUAAUAACGGAUAUCUUCUCCUUCAUGCCAACAGCGGAUUGAACCAAAUGAGGACAAGGAUAUGUGACAUGGUGGUUAUCGCUAAGAUGAUGAACACCACAAUGCAUUACAAUUAUGGACAUGUCAAAGCAGGACAACCAACAGGAUAA